AUGGCUCCUCUAAUGACUCCAUUGGUAAAUUACAUUACAGUCAAGAAGGAAGAAGUAUCAACUGAAGAUUUGAGCUCCCCUGUUCUCGAAUUUGAAAAAGAUAUCACGCAAUUUUGUAGUCCAGGAGAGAAGGAAGCUAUGAUGGUGUUUUGGAACAGUCUAACUUUGAAUGAGAAGGAAGGCUUCGUUCAUGGCUUACGGUUUAUUAAGAAAAAAUAUAACAAGGAAGGUGAGUUUGAUUCUUCUUUUGAUGAAUCCAUUGAUAAUGUCAAGAAGCUAUCAUCUGUUAGCCAUAGGAACGAUAUUUUGAUGAAAUGGAAAGAGCUUAAUCAAAAAAAGAAGGAGAAGGUGAUUCAUAAGUUGUGCACGAGCAAAAUCAAAAAACAGGUUGAAGCCAACAUUGGGAAGAACCGAGUGCCCCUUAAAUCUUCUGCUUCGUUGUUCCCUGUGGCAGUUGACAUGAAGAAAACUUCUGAUCUUGAAGCCUCGGAUGGAUUGCAAAAAGUGGGAGAAACAUUGCUAAAUUUCAUUCCUGAUGGAAUUCCAAUAUCGAAUAAUAAUAAUCCUGUGAUUGUGGAUCUUCAAGAAAUAUGCUCUAUGCGAUCACAGGUAAAGGAAAAGAAAGUCAAAAAGAAAAUUGAAAUUGAUGAUCUGGUUAGUCAACAACUUGAACAAGUUUGUAAUGAAAUUAUUUUUCACUUUCCUAGUAAGUUUAAUCACUUAGAACUUGCUAAUGAGGGUGAAUUUAAAUUCAAAUAUGUUGAAGAUGAUGAAGAGAAGUAUGAGGGUCAAAUGAUUAUAGAUGAAAAGGAAGAAAUUAGAAAAACAGGUUAUAAUAAAAACGGCGGGCUUCUCAUAACUGAAGAUAUGUUGGAAGAAAUGAAGGCUAGUAACACAAAGGGUAAGGAGGAGAUUGUUACCCCUGUGCAAGUGUUGGUGGAAGAAAAGAGUGAAGGCAAAGUCUCAUAUGCUGAAAAAGUGAGUGGAAAGAAAUUGAAUGCUGCUAACCUUAUAUCAAAAAUUAAAAAGAAAGCAGAUCUUCCAGUUGGUGCUGUGGAAAUGCCCAUUAGUGAUAUUCUGAAAGGAUGCAGUCCGUUUAAGACUACGUUGUAUGGCUAUUUCAUUGAUAAACAUGUUAAUUUUUUUAAUGUUAACAAGUUUGCGCAUAACAUGUGGAAGAGAUAUGGCUUGGAAGAGGUUAUGGUAAAUGAAGAAGGUAUUUAUUUCUUUAGAUUCAGUUCAGAACAAGGUAUGCUAAAUGUUCUUGAAGGAGGAGUAUGGAUGAUUUUUGAUAGUGCCUUCAUAGUGAGAAGAUGGACAACUGGAAUUAGUUCAGCGAGAGAUCAACAUGACAAGGUUCCGGUUUGGGUAAAAAUCUAUAAUGUUCCUUUGGAAUAUUGGAAUGGAACUGGGCUUAGUCAUAUUGCUUGGGAAAUUGGAAAACCUCUUGAUGUGGAUGCUCAUACUGCCAAGAUGUGUCAAGAACAUUGGGGAAGGCCAGCAUUUAUGAGAAUUUUAAUCGAAAUGUCGGCUGCUAAUGAAUGGCUCAAAGAGUUAGAAGUAUUCUCCUCGGAUCUUGUAACUGGUGAAAGAAUUUCUUCUAAAUGCAAAAUUGAAUACGCCUGGAAUCCAUCAAAAUGUUCCCAUUGUAAGGUUUAUGGUCAUAGAGAUGCUACCUGUGGAAUUAUUUUAGCUAAGGAAUCCAAUUCUCUUAAGACUUCAAAAGUUGGCGAAGAGAAUAAAGAGGAGAAAAAAAUUGAUCUUAUGGAAGUUCUUAUUGCUAGUACAAAAUCUGUGCAGGAAGAUCAAGAUGGAUUUCAAACUGUUGUUAGAAAUAAGGGAAAUAAUAUGGGAGAAAAUUCAAAGGAAGAAAUGAAGAAUAAAAAGCAAAAUGCGAAUCAAGGGCAAAAAGGGAAAAGUUAUGGAGGGGAAAAAAUAGAAAACGGAACUAAAGCUAGCUUGCAGGGGCAAAAAGGGAAUAAAAGUGUUAAAUCAGUUAUGACGGCUGAGGGAAAUCAAUGGAAUAAAGGAAAAGGUUCACAGGGGUAUAAUGGGAAAAAUCAAAUUAUGAAGGGAAGUUUUUAUAGCAGAAAUUUCGAGCAGGGGCAGACAAGUAAUAAUGAUUAUUUGUUGAAUAAGAGGGAGAAUAAUGCUGCGAAUUUUAUGGGAAAAAAGGAUGUGGCAGGCUUUUCUCAUGGCAGUGGAAAAAUUGAGGAAGAAGUAAAAUCUGAAGACAGAGGAAAAAUUAAAGUUGUUGGACAGAAAUAUGUUUCGAAAUCUGGGCUGGACUUCAAAAUUAGCUCGAAUUUUGAUUCUAAGCCUCAUUCUCUGAAGUCUAACAGCCCUUUUAAUUUUUCAACUAACAAUAAAUUUGAUGUUCUCAAUAAUUUGGAAGAAGAGAAUCCUUUUGUUUUUGCGAAGAAGGGAGUUGAUGAGGCUGAUUUAGCUUACUUGGAUUCAGUGGAUCAAAUGGAGGUGAUAGGAGCUAAUAAAUAUAUGGACAGGAGGGCUUUAUGGGCUUCCUUAGUUCAUCAUAAAGGGUUAGUUAAGAACGAUCCUUGGCUAGUUGGAGGAGAUUUUAAUGUCACUCUUAAUCUCAACGAGAGUACUAUGGGAUCCUCAAGAUAUUCUAAAGGCAUGGUGGAAUUCAUUGAGUGCAUCAAUUCCAUAGAAAUCCAAGACAUCAACAGCAACGGGUUGAACUUCACUUGGAACCAAAAACCGAAGGGUAUUGAUGGAAUUUUGAAAAAGCUUGAUCGUGUUAUGGGUAACAGCAGGUUGUUAGAUGAGUUCCCUUCAAUUUAUGCUUCUUUUCUCCCGUAUGGAAUUUCAGAUCACAGCCCAAUUGUAAUCAAAUUACCAUUGAAGAUCAAUUUUAAAGUCCUCCCUUUCAAAUUCCCUAAUGUGCUUACUUUGAACCCGGAGCUGAAAAUUUUGGUGGAAAAGCAAUGGAAAGUUGAAGUUCAGGGAAUCAAAAUGUUUUGUUUAAUUCAAAAACUCAAAAAUCUCAAGAAACCCAUUCGCAAAUUGUUAAAAAAUCAGGGACAUUUCUCGGAAAAUGUUAUUCAUCUCCGAAAAGAAUUGGAAGCUGUUCAAUCUGAUCUUGAUGCGGAUCCUUUCAAUGUCCAACUUCGUGAAUUAGAAGCUAUUUUUCUUGGAGAAUUCAAAAAAGAUUGCGAGAAAGAGGAAAAUUUUUAA